ACGCCGAUUCUUCCCCCCCUCCGGCCGCUCCCCUCUCCAGCCGGGGUUCCCGCUCCAUCCCUCCCCUGUAGCCGGCCCUCUCCCUACCCCAUCCUCCUCGCCCACCUGGCUGUCCCCUCUCGGGCUCUUUCCGCCCUUGCCCUUCCCUCCGCAUGAAGCCUCCCCUCCCCCUCGCCAGAAUCGCAGGUAAGGGCGGGGGGCGCAGGGACUGCCCUCCUCAAGCCAGAAGCGCCGUGAGGCUUGCAUCCUCUGCCUCUGACGCAGGGGUCGUGGGGGCUUGUGUCCUGUCCGCUGCUGCCCAUUGUCUCUGCACCAUGCUGCAGACCUGGCGGGGUUGGGCUGCUCUGGACCAAAGGCGGUGGGUAGGGGGAGUGGGGGGCAGCGGGUCUCUGAAGGUGCCCACCGGGAAUGUCCUCAACUGCACCCCAGGCCAUCCAGGGCCAGGACUGGUCAUGGUUCUAGAGCGAGGAGCAGGACUGGCUGGAGCCUGGGGUCGCCCAGAGGCAGGGCCAGUGUGUCAGGAAAAGGGCGGAUUUGAGUCUGGGAGGUGGGAGGCCUUGGGGGAGGUGUCCUGGUUAGCAGUGGUCCUUGGAGAGGCUGGGUCAGCAAGCGUUGGUGGAGGCUGAUGGGUCCACCUAGGCCUGGGGACAAUCAGAGCCUGGAUGGCCCCGCCAUGGAGGUCGGCCAUGUGUGGUUUGGGUAGGGCCAAGGGCACCUUGCUGUGGGCGAGAAGUCACCUGGCAGUGGGACCAGUGCUGGCUCCUGAGGCCUGACCGAGCGGUGACACAGGCUGCUGGCUCCACUCUGAGUGGGAGGCAGGCAGUACAGGCCAGGACUCCCCAGACCCAGGGUCCUGUGCUGGCUCUGCUCUGGCUUGCUUGGCGACCUUGAAUGAGUUACAAAAUCUUUUAGCCUCUGAUUCCCUUCCAUUCCGACCUUGGCCCAGCUCUGCCAUUCCCCUGCUCUGGGGGGCACACAUGGGGUCAGAGCCAAGAACCCAACCUCAGGGCACCCAGUGAUGCCCCAGAGCCACACCCACUGCUGGUGUUGGGAGUCAGGCAUUCUUGGACCCAAAGGACCCUUCUCUCAGGGUGCCCUAGCACCCCAGUAGCAAAACCCUUGAGUGAAAAGUCCCAGCUGGUGGCCAAGGGCCCCCGGCUCUGAUGCUGCUGUGGGCAGAUGGGGCAGCCUGGCAAGGAGGACACCCCUUCUUCAGCUUUACCUCUAUUCCUGGCUCUACUUUGCAGAUGAGAAAGCUGAGGUGUAGGGGAUGUUUUCCUUGUCACUAGUGAGUAUCGUAGAGCAGGAAUCACCCGGCAGGCAUCUGCCGCCCAGAGAACUAGCCUGUGUGUGCUGCCCCUCCCUGCUUCUCCGGCAGAUCUUGGCCUGGGCUCUGGAGGGAGGAGGGCCUUAUCCAAUGCUUCAGACAGAGGUGUUCUUGGCCUUGGUCCAGGUGAGGGAGGGGAUGUCACAGAGACAUUAAAAAUGAGGCUUGUGAGCAUUGGAGCACACAGAAAAACACUUACGAGAUUAUGCUGGGUGAAAACAACUAGAUUCAAAACUGUGUAGUGUGAUCUCGCCUGUGAUAAAAUGCAGGCCAGUAAGAGACCAGGAGGCAGAAAACCACAGCAGUGUGGCAUGCUGCAACUUCAGAGGGGUUUUCUUCCAUCUCCUUGAGUCCCCUCAGUCUUUUCUGACCCCUGCACAUUACUUCCUGGUGCACGUGGAGUCAUUUCUCAACUGGAGGUAUUCGCCCAGAGUUACUGAGCACCACGGCCUGAUGGUGAGGUCUUGCCUGGGGUCUGGGUGAUGGUGCACCAGAGACCCAGAGAUGGGCCACAGGGCAGGAUGGGCGCUCCCAGCCCUGGGCAGGGAUCUUGGGCUCACCAUGGGGUGGCUGCCACCAUGGAGAAGACUCCACCAGAGGCCCCCACUGGCUCUUGCACAGCUGUCCUGUGCUCUCGCCAGACUCCAUGGUCAGGAUCCCUGCCCACCACUGCCCCUCUGGCUGGAUGCUCCAACUCAGCCUCGGUGGACCCUUUGUCUCUGCUCUCCAGAAAAUUGGCCACAUAUGGUGACCCCUGGCUUCCCCUUUUCUCUGGCCAUGGCGAGGGGGGAGGGGAGCAGGGUCGGAGUAGAGCCUUGGUGAGCCCCUGACUGGGUGCCCUUAAGCAUAGGAAGCAGGGAUAGGAGAGAUGAGCCAGAGAGGCAAGACCUCCACCUCACAGCAGGGUGAGACCGAGAAUGUUCCAGAGCUUGCAUCGUGUGAGCCCCUGCCUGCCUCAUGUGUUUGUCUAAUGGGUGGUCAGAUUCUGAUCGCCGCCUGUCCUGCCAAGCCCAGCUGCUCCGCACUGAUUGUGUGGAAAGAAACGGCAAGCCAGUCUCUGGGAAGAGACAGAAAUGCUAGCUGCAUCUUUGCUGAAGUGCCCUGAGAAAAGCUGCCGGGCAGAUCUUUCCUGCGAUGCAGCUGCUGCCACCAUUCCAAGAGGGGACCGGCAGGAGCCCCAUGUCCUGACCCCAGGGCCCAGCCCCCUGACCCUCACGUUCCUGCCCGACAAGCCGGGCACCCGGCCCCAGCCCGAGGGGGCCAGCUGGGAUGCAGGGCCCCACGGGUCCCCCUCAGCCUGGGCGGACCCGGCUGAGGGUGGCCCGAGCCCAGCACUCCUCCCCGAGGGCCUGGCCCCCCAGGCUCUGCCCGCCGAGGCUCCUCUCCCAGCCGCCCUGGAGCCCCGGAUCGUGAUGGGUGAGGAGACGUGCCAGGCCCUCCUGUCACCCAGGGCCGCCCAGCCAGCGCUCAGGGACUGGGAGGGCGGUGGGCGAGCAAGCCUGAACCCGCCCCCCGAGUCUUGUUCUCAGGAUGAUCCUUCCGUGCCUUCCCCUCCCUCUGACCCUGAUUCCUACUUCACGCCCCCCUCCACCCCCACCAAGACCACCUAUGCCCUGCUCCCUGGCCGAGGGCCCCACAGGGACACCUGGGACUCGGAGGUGGAGCUGCUGGAAGAGCUGCGGGACUCACCCCCAGCCUCGCCCUCGGGCUCCUACAUCACAGCCGAUGGGGACAGCUGGGCCUCCUCGCCCUCCUGUUCCCUCAGCCUGCUGGCUGCCCCUGAAGGGCUGGACUUCCCCUCGGGCUGGGGCGUCUCCCCCGCGGGGUCUGUGAUGGACGAACGGGAGCUGCACCCUGCCGGGCCCCUGGGGCCCCCGUCCUCCGAGUCCAGCCUCUCAGCAGACAGCGACUCCUCCUGGGGCCAGGAGGGCCACUUCUUCGACCUAGACUUCCUGGCCAAUGACCCAAUGAUCCCUGCAGCCCUCCUGCCCUUCCAGGGCAGCCUCAUCUUCCAGGUGGAGGCGGUGGAGGUGACGCCACUGCCUGCAGAGGAGGAGGAAGAGGAGGAGGAGGAGGUCUCGGCUCCCGACCCAGCCGGGGACCUGGUCGGGGAGGGUGAGGAGGACACAACGUCCGCCUCCUUCCUGCAGUCCCUGUCUGACCUGUCCAUCACGGAGGGCAUGGACGAAGCCUUUGCCUUUCGAGAUGACACCUCCGGGGCCUGCUCUGAUUCGGACUCGACCUCCUACGCAGGCGCGGACGACGAGAGGCUGUACAGCGGGGAGCCGCACGCCCAGCCCUCCGCCCUGCUCCCGGACAGCCUGCAGAAGGCAGAGGAGGAGGACGGAGCAGGGGCCGAGGGGCCGGAGGCUCAGGAGGGGGCCACACUCUGGGGCCCAGAGGCCACUCCUCAGGUCUCAGGGGGAGAGGCCCACCCUACCCAAAGCCAGGAGUCCUUUUCGGAAAUAUCAGAAGAGGGCCCCGUCGUGGGCCAGGAGUCUGCUGCCACUGUGACCCCUCACUCUCUGCAGGCAGCCCCAGGCCUCCAGAUGGAGGCAGCUACCUGGGUGAGCCCACAGGCUGGGGAAGAAGAAGCAGACUCCACCGCUGGGCAGGCACCCACUGCCGUGGCAACGCCUCAGCUGUCCCGGGAGGGCGGAAGCGCUGCCUUACAGCAGGGCCCUGUCACUGCAGAAACGCCCCCAACUCCGCAGGAAGAAGCAAGCCUCACAUUGUGCCCAGACCCUCCUCAGAACUUGAAGGGAGAAGGGCCAGGCCUCUCCUCAGGCCCACAGCCUAUGAUCGCAGCCAUGCCCAUGCCCCCGCAGGCUGAAGAGAGUCUUCCCUUCUCCCGGGACUGUGCUACAGCAGCACCUCUGCCCCUGCCAGAUGCAGGCCCCCCCUUAGGCCAGGAGCCUGUAGCUGCGGUCACCCCUCAGGCCCUGCAGGCAGCAGCAGGCUGUGCCCCAGACACAGAGCCCAUGGCCUCCAUGGCCCAGGAAGAAGUAGGUGUGACGCUAGGACUGAGGCCAGCACCUGACGAGAAGGAUGCAGCCCUCCCUAGGGGUGUGGAGCCUCCAGCCUUGGACCAGUUCCAACAGGAUGACCCAGAGCCAGGUGCAGGCGCAGAGGCCCCCGGGGCCUCACAUGGAGACGCAUGUCCCACCUUGGGCACGGAGGCCCCUGAUGCUCCCGAGCCUGCCUCUGGUGCUGGGGAGGAAUUAGCCGAAGGCCUUUCUGAGCCCGAGUGGGAGGCGUGUCUGGAAGCCCAAGUGCAGACAGGUGAUGGAGCUGAGGCCCACUCAGCUCCCAAGGAGGCCCUGGUGGCUGAGAACCAGAGGGAAGGAGGCCCUAAGCCACCGGCACAGGGACAUGGACCUGGGGCAGCACCCCAAGGUUCAGGAGAAGCUCCCGAGGCACGUCCUGCUGCCUGCCCUGAGGCCGACCAGGCACCGCCCCUGAGCCCAGCCAGGGAGGGAAGGGGCCCAGAAUGCACUCCUGGACCCAGGCUUCCCACAGCUGUGGCCACAGAGGCCGGUCUGGGCUCCUGCCCAGAGUCUUCAGCAGGGUCUGCCUCUGGGCUGGAGAGAGGCUGUCCUGAGGAGCCUGGUGGUGCCCCCCUGUCCGAACCACCCUCCCGGCAGCUGGAGCCUGCGCUGGGCCUGGGCAGCGGUGAGCAGCCCCAGGCAGCACCCAGGGCCGCCAGCCCCUCCCCGCCACAGCCCUCAGAAAGCCCUGCCAGGGGCCUGCCCAGUGCACCCCAGGACAGGCUCGCAGGCCCUGACUCCUCCACUCCUGGCGUCCUUGCCAGGGCAUCCCCACCCCCACUGGAGCCCCCUGCCCCCUGCCUGUGCCAGAGCCCCCAAGAAGACUCUGUGGAGGACGAGGAGCCCCCAGGUUCUCCAGGCCUCCCACCGCCCCAGGCAGGAGCCCGGCCAGUGGCUGCUGCUGUCUCAGGAACCUCACAGCCUCCAGGGACUGGGCAGCGGGUCAGCCCCGCGUCCCACUCUCCCCUCCUCAGUCCCAGGGCAGCCCCCACAAAAGCCAAAGACCUGGCCUUGCGGAUCUCGCCCCCCUGCCAAGUGCCUCCAUGCUCUGGGCCUCAGGAGCUCCCCACCUCUGAGCAGCAAGAGGACGAGGACAGCCUGGAGGAAGACUCACCUCAGGCCCCAGGCUCGGGCCAGCACUCGGACAGCCACGGGGACUCAUCAGCCGAGCUGGAUGAGCAGGACAUCUCGGCGCCUCAGACCACGCAGUGCCCAGCCCAGGCCCCGACAGACAGCAGCGAGGAGACCAUCGCCAAAGCCAAGCAGAGUCGCAGUGAGAAGAAGGCCCGAAAGGCAAUGUCAAAGCUGGGCUUGCGGCAGAUUCAAGGAGUCACCAGGAUCACCAUCCAGAAGUCCAAGAACAUCCUCUUUGUCAUCGCCAAGCCUGACGUCUUCAAGAGCCCGGCCUCGGACACUUAUGUGGUCUUCGGUGAGGCCAAGAUUGAGGACUUGUCCCAGCAAGUGCACAAAGCUGCGGCUGAGAAGUUCAAGGUGCCCUCAGAGCCCUCGGGUCUGGUCCCUGAGUCAGCACCCAGGCCCCGGGUGAGGCCAGAGUGUGAGGAGGAAGAAGAGGAGGAGGAGGAGGAGGAGGAGGAGGUGGACGAGGCAGGGCUGGAGCUGCGUGACAUUGAGCUGGUGAUGGCCCAAGCCAACGUGUCCAGGGCCAAGGCUGUGCGGGCCCUGAGAGACAACCACAGUGACAUCGUCAAUGCCAUCAUGGAACUGACCAUGUAGCUGCUGACCUGAAGCUGGGUCCAUCCUGCCCCUUCCCUCAGCUCUGCUGCUCAAUAAACUGGUGUCCCCUCAUCA